GCGGAGAAUGUACAAAAUGCAUAAAAAAUGCGUGAGCGAGUCACGCGCCUGACUCACGUAGCUCUAAUCGCAUAUGGCGGAGUGAGAAAGGCGUGUAACAUGACGCAGAUUGUCGUUGUUCUGUCUACGAUUCCUAGGUUAUCUCACCAUCUGCGACUGCGGCUGCCGAAUCUGCGCGUUUCCGACGUUUCGCCAGGACAAGCAGAUAUUUUGUCUAAACUUAAUGCAGCAGAAAUAUUAUUGGCCGAUUGUGAUUUAUUGAUACCUUAUAUAAACAAAUUAACAUCAGUCAAAUGGAUACAAGCAACCUGGGCUGGUCUGGACAAACUUAUUCCACAUAUACAGAAUACUCCAAAAAAUUAUGUACUCACUCGUUUCUCUGGUGAAUUUUUUGGGCUGGCCAUGUCUGAGUACGUGAUAGCGCAAAUUGUCAAUUUUGAACGCGAUCAAAGACAACAGUAUGAGAAUCAAAAGCUUGCUGUAUGGAAACAAGAAGGCAAAAUAAAAGAUCAUAGGUAUAUACGUGAGUUGACCAUAGGAAUUCUAGGGCUAGGAACGAUAGGGAAAAUUAUCGCAGAGAAAUUAAAGUUAUUUGGUGCAACUAUCUGGGGAAUGACAAACAGUACUCCAAAAGAAAAAUUAUCAUAUCUCGAUGAACAUAGGACUGUAGAUAGUUUGCAAGAUAUCUUAGAAAAUUGCGAUUAUAUCAUUAAUAUAUUACCAUCUACUCAAAACACAGAAGGGCUUUUAAAUGGGACUGUUUUGCAGCAUUGCAAAGCCAAAAAUAGCAUUUUUAUUAACAUAGGACGUGGAUCUGUUAUUAAAGAAGCAGAUCUGAUAAAUGCUCUUGAACAGAAGUGGAUUUCGGCUGCUAUUUUAGAUGUGUUUGAGAAAGAACCAUUGCCAAAGGAAAGCAAACUAUGGAAUUUUCCACAAGUGACUAUUUCGCCACAUAAUUCUGGUGUGACAAAUUUGCGUGAUGUUGUAGAGCAAUUUACUGCAAAUUAUACUAGAUAUGUGAAAGGAGAAAGUAUGAUGAAUAUGUUUGAUUUUAAUAAAGGCUAUUAAUUUUGUAUUAUAUCUAUAUAACACAUGUAUCUAAU